AUGAUGGGAUACGGGGGUCAACCCUUUCAUCCCCAGCAGUCACAGCAGCACCAACAGCAACAGCAACACCAGCAACAUCAGCAAUCCCAACAAACACAUCCUUCAUCCCAACCGCAACAUCCCCUCGGCUCCCAGCGCCAACAGACCCCAUCGUUAGGCGCAACCCCGAACCUAUCACAACAUGGAUCUCCAUACGCAGGCAAUAAAACUCUCUUCCGACCUCCUCCCCAGCAGAAUUAUACCACCGCCCAGUCUCCCGAUAUGCGCAAGAUGGCCCCAACGUCGGGCCCACUCGCGGGGUAUCCCCCAACGACCAGCUUUGCGCAAUUCCCCGGACACUUCGCCCCGCAAGGUUCUCCAGAUCUGAUGGGGAGGAAUCAAGAUCCAAUGGCGUUGCACAACAUGCAGAAUAUGCAACGCGGUUAUAGUCUAGCUCAUCUACGCCAACCGCCGGGGAUGAGUCCUUCCGCGGCAAUUUCGCAUGGCCAAGGUAUGGGCGUCUCGUCUCCUCAGCAGUCCAUGAACCGUCUGCCUCACUCAGGUGUUCAGCAACGAGAGAACCACCCUUCUGCCAGUCCAUCCAUGGCUAGUCCUUCUAUGUUUGCCAUCAACCAGCAGCGACAAUCGCAUUCCCAACCACAGUCGCCCCAACAAACGCAACAGCAAAUACAGCAAAGACAACAACAGCAAUACCAGCAACAGAAGCAGCUCCAGCAACAGCAGCAGCAGAUGAUUGAGCAGCAACAGCGCCAUGAGCAGCAGCAACGUAUCGAGCAACAACGGCUCGAACAGCAACGCCAGGAACAGCAGCGCCUAGAGCAACAACAACGAGCGGAGCAGCAACGGAUAGAACAACAGCGGGCGGAACGACGUGCUGAGCAACAGCGACAGGAGCAACAAAAGCGCCUUGAGAAGCAGAGACUGGAACAACAGCAGCUGGAACGAAAAAAGCAGGAGCAGCUGGAGAAAGAGCGUGUAGAAAAGGAGCGCGCGGCGGAGCAACAGAGGUUGGAACAACAACGACUGGAGCGGCAACGUUUGGAACAACAGCGGCUCGAUCAACAAAACGCAGAGCAGCAGAAGCAGCAACUUGAGCAACAAAGGUUACAAAAGCUUCAGCAGCAACAAGCCCAACAUUCCUACCAGCACCAAAACUCCUUUCAAUCGCAUCCGCAAGGCCAAUUCAACCAAUAUCAACCGCCCCAGUCACGGUAUCAGUUCCAACCUCAAGGUCAAGCCCAAGCCCAAGCUCAAGCCCAAGCUCAAUACACCCAAUCCCCGCAACAGUCCCGACAAUCUCAAUUCACCCCGACUCAGUUCCAGCACUAUCAACCGCCAUCUCAACCAGUUCAGCCGUCCCAGCCACAAAUCGAUCAAUCAACGGGCUCCUUCAUGCCUCCACCCCGCCAGCCUGUUCAAGGAAAUGUCAUCUCUCAGUCCGAGUCGCAUGUCAAAUCUGAGCCGCAAAGCCCUGCGCCGAAAAAGAAGUCGAAACCCCGUCAUUCUACGGUCAACAAGUCCCAAGCUGCAUAUCAGCAUUCGUUUCAGGCGGUGCCUUCUAUUCCAGCUACUGCCCCUCCCCCCCGCUUCCCUUUACAACAAAAUGGCCAUGUCCAAUUAACUCCGGUCGCGGGCACGAACGGGGAGGUACCGCAAACCCCGACACGCCGCAAACGAGGUCGGCCUCGAAAAGAAGAAGUUGCGGCAAGAAAUGCAGCCGCGGCAGCGCACGCGGCAGCUACUGGCCAGCCCCUCCCAGCCUCACAUCCCGGACAGGCCUCGUUUGGCCCCAAUAUGACGCCCGUAGCGCUCAUACCGGGAACGAGCACCCCACAACGAACCAUAAUGGGCCCGGAUGGAACCCCAUUGCCCCUCAAAAGGAAACGUGGACGGCCACGUAAGGCCGAUCAAAUUGCCUGGGCUCAGGCUACCGGACAGCCUUUGCCGCCGCCAAAACCGAAGAAGCCAUAUGUUCCCAAGCCUGGAACGGGCCGACCUCGUGGGAGACCUCGAAAAGCUGAUGUUGCUGCAGCUGCAGCUGCGGCCGCCGCCGCCGCCGGUGGCACAGCAAAUGGCGAUCAGGCACAAGGAGACAAACCAAGCUUACCGGCUCACACGUCAGAUACAAACGCAGCCCAGAAGCGAGCCGCUCUAGUAAAGGACGAUGCCCACAAACAUACUGGUGCGACACCACCUUACCCCCAGCAGGGCCAACACCAUAUGUCAAUGCCAGGCCAACCCCAGCUGCAAGGCCAACAGCCAUUGCAACAGCAACAGCAGCAGCAACAGCACCAGUCAAUGUCCUCACAAAGCCAAUCCCACCCGCAUUCUGGUCUGUCGGCACACUCGGGCUUGCCCUUCAUUUCGCCACAGACACAAGGCAUGUCUCUUCCACAACAUGCGCAGCAGCAACUGCAACAGCAACCUGGCCAGCAACACAUGGGACAGCAAGGGCAGCACAUGCAGCAGCAGAGUCAGCACCACGCAUCAAGCCAGCAGGUCCUUCCACAGCCAGGCCAGCCGCUAAUGCCGCACCUACAAAUGCAUCAGCAGCCACCCAUCAAUGCUUCACGGCCAACACCCCCUCAGCAAUACAUGCAAAUGCCGCCUAUGCACAGUCUGCAGCACCCGUCUAUACAGGCCCACCAAACUGCCCAAGCCCCGGUUCAAGCACAGCCACAAGGCCGAUCUCCCAAUCAGCAACAGCCGCACUCCCAAUCGCAAUCACCGGCCCCGCCUAGACCUGCCCCGCAAUACCAGCAUCAACAUACCUUCCAGGUCCAGCUGCAGCCACAACCAACAUAA